AUGAGCGAAAAAUCAGUUCUUCUAGAAGCCUUGAAGGCCGACAAAGAUAGUCAGGUUCGACUACUCCAGGCAUUUGUUCGAGCUGCGUCCCCCAAUCCGCCUGGGAAUACCACGGCGGCUGCGAAAGCUCUCACUCAGUACUUGUCAGAUCUAGGCAUCCCCUACAAAAUUAUCGAACGGCAACAGGGACAGCCAAAUAUUGUCAGCGAGUUUCAAGGCGGCAAAGGUCCGGGUCCGCGCGUUGUUUUGAAUGGCCAUAUCGAUGUCUUCCCCGUGGCUGAUAACACAAGUGGCUGGAAGCGCGACCCUUGGUCUGGUGAUGUUGAGAAUGGACGUAUUCAUGGGAGAGGAGUUGUUGACAUGAAGUCUGGCACAGCCUCACUGGUGAUUGCUUAUGCUUAUCUCUGUACUCGAAAGGAGUUCCUCCACGGGAGUGUUGCCCUUUGUGCUGUAUCUGACGAAGAGACCGGCGGCCGUUGGGGUACGGGAUACCUCAUCAAGCAGGACCGAGAGCGAUGGGGCGGAGAUGUCAUGUUAAGUGCAGAACCAUCUGGCCAAACUAUCCGAUUUUCCGAAAAAGGCACUUUGAGGCUUUCUGGAUCUGUGACCACCGAAGGAGCACUUGGGGCGUACUUGAACUUGAGCAAGGGCGCUGUGCGAACUGCCACUGCGUUUCUCGCCGAUGUCGUGAACGUGGUUGAAUCCAUCACUCCAAACCCACCGCCUGAGAUUGAUUUGCUUCUCAAGGAUCCGGACACUUUGAAAGCCGUGGACAAGGCAAUGGGCCCAGGUACAUCGACCAUCAUUGGUCUGCCAACUGUGAAUAUUGGAACCAUCUCAGGUGGUGUCAAAGUCAACAUGAUACCCGAAAAUUGUGAUUUUGAGCUUGAUAUCCGGUUGCCAGUAGGGUUGUCAGCGGAUGAAGUGAUGGCUGCGAUAGGAACUGUGGUUCCUCGAUAUCCCGAUGCUACGAUAGAGCUUAAGCGACAAGAAGCUGCUAGCAACCCGAGUAGCUUUUCAUCUAUCGACCAUCCUGUCAUUGAGCAUCUCAAAGAGAAUGCCAAUGCCGUUGGUGGGUUCCAUCCAAGACUCAUUCCCUCUAUGGGUGCUACAGAUUGCAAGCAUUACCGGUAUGCUGGCAUACCCGCUUAUGUUUAUGGCUGUAGUCCAUACAGUAUGGCAGCAGUGAAUGAAUCCGCUUCGGUGGAUGAAUUCCUUCAUGUCACCAAGGUCCAUGCUCUGGCUACAUGGGAUUUGCUGUAUUAG